GAUCCUCAAAACAAUAGGAUUUUACAAUGGCAAGAUGUGUCUUCAUUUCAAAAUAUCACCCAACUCUCAUUCCAACUAAUUUCAGAACCAAUGUUUGGAGAUUACUCGAUUGCUGUGCAGAAAAAGUCAGACAGGACAGUGACCCACCAAUUUACUGUCGAUAGAUAUGUGUUGCCCAAGUUUGAAGUUAAAGUCAGAGCGCCGCAAACAAUAACUAUCUCAGAUGAUGAAUUCCAAGUGAAUGCAUGCGCAAAAUACACCUUCGGCCAACCUGUGCAAGGGAAAGCCCAAAUCCGGGUGUGCAGAGAACUGUACUCCUCCGGGACCUGUGAGAACGACCAGCACAAGAUAUGUGAGCAGUUCGUUGCGCAGCUGCAAACUGGUUGUAUUUCUCAAAUCGUAAAUACAAAGAUUUUCCAGCUCUACCGUUCAGGAUUUUUCAUGACAUUUGAUAUCACUGUAAUUGUUACAGAACUCGGGACAGGAGUGCAGAUCAGUGAGAAGACCUCAACCUUUAUCACCCAGGUGCUUGGGAGUGUGAGCUUUGAGAACAUGGACCCUUCUUAUCGAAGAGGCAUUUCGUAUUUUGGAACUCUUAAAUUUUCCGGUCCCAAUAAUGUACCUAUGGUGAACAAGUUGUUGCAAUUGGAGCUCAAUGACAAGCUUAUAGGGAAUUACACCACGGAUGAAAAUGGUGAAGCUCAAUUUUCUAUUGACACUUCGAACAUUUUUGAUCCGACAUUCAACCUGAAAGCCUCAUACGUCCAACCUAAGAGCUGCUAUCUUCCCAAUUGGCUGACACCUGACUACCCAGAUGCACACUUCUCAGUCUCACGCUUUUACUCCCGAACGAACAGCUUCCUGAAGAUCGUUCCUGAACCAAAGGAACUUAGAUGUGACCAAAAGAAGGUUGUUACAGUCCAUUACUCCCUGAACGGGGAAGCCUAUAAGGGUAACUCAGGCAUCAAGUUCUUCUAUUUGAUGUUGGUCAAGGGAGCAAUCUUCCUCAGUGGACAAAAGGAAAUCGGAAACAAAGGUUGGAAGGGACAGUUCUCAUUUCCCAUCACCAUCACUGCUGAUAUGGCUCCUGUGGCUGUCAUUUUUGUCUAUACCCUUCACCCCCAUGGAGAAAUUGUGGCUGACAGUGCCAGAUUCCAGGUGGACAAGUGCUUUAAAAACAAGGUUAGCAUAAAGUUCUCUCAAGAGCAGGGGCUACCUGGCUCCAGUGCUAGUCUCUAUCUUCAAGCAGCCCCUCACUCCUACUGUGCCCUCCGGGCUGUGGAUAAAAGUGUCCUUCUACUGAAAUCGGAGCAGGAGCUGUCAGCCGAAAGUGUGUACAACCUGCUUCCAAAUGUGGACUUAUAUGGUUAUUUCUACCGUGGUCUCGACCUUGAUGACGGCAAGGCAAACCCUUGCAUUCCUCAAAAAGAUAUGUUCUACAAUGGCUUGUACUACAUACCUGUAAGCAACCUUGGCGACAGAGACACCUAUGAUAUUCUCAGGAAUAUGGGUCUGAAAGUCUAUACUAAUCUCAAUUACCGGAAACCAGAAGUAUGUUCAGAGGAGAGAAGACACCCAUUCGCUAGGCCACGGAUGCUAGACACAGGAGGAUAUGCACUGAUGCAGUAUGCCCCGUCUGGAAUUGCAGAUGGUAUUGCCAUGGAGAAGAAUGUUAACCCUGUAGAAAGAGCUGUGAUAGAAACAGUAAGAACAAACUUUCCAGAGACGUGGAUAUGGACUCUUACUAGUGUUGAUUCCUCAGGUUCAGCAAAUCUUUCCUUCCACAUCCCUGACACUAUAACCCAGUGGGACGCAAAUGGCUUCUGUGUGAACGGUGAGGCUGGAUUUGGCAUCUCAUCAACAGUCAGUCUGGAAGUCUCCCAGCCUUUCUUUGUUGAAAUUUCCUCACCUUUUUCAGUUGUUCGAAAUGAACGAUUUGAUUUGAUUGUCAGUGUCUUCAGCUACCUGAGUACAUGUGUAGAGAUUUCUGUUCAAUUGAAAGCAUCUCGGAAUUAUGAAGCGAAUUUCAACAUCUUGAAAGGCAACAACAGUGAGAUUAUGCAACCAGGAGAGAAGAAAACGUACAUCUGGACAGUUACACCAAAGAAGCUGGGUAAAGUGAAUAUCACUGUAGUUGCUGAAUCCAGACAAAGCAGUGCUUGUCCAAAUAAAGCAACUGAGCAGCAAAAUCUAAACUGGAAAGAUACCGUGGUCAAGAGUUUAUUGGCAGAGCCUGAAGGUAUUACAAAAGAAGUAACCCAGAGUUUUCUUAUCUGUACAAAAGGUACGAGAGCCUCUAAGGAGGUAGUUUUGGACGUACCUAGUAAUAUGGUAGAAGGAUCAGCCAGAGCCUUUUUCACUAUUCUGGGAGAUAUUCUUGGACUAGCAAGGCAGAAUCUAGAGGACCUUCUGCAGAUGCCGUACGGAUGUGGAGAACAGAACAUUGCCCUCUUAGCCUCUGAUACCUAUGUCCUCGAUUAUCUGAAGUCCACUGAACAGUUGACAGAAGAAGUUAAAUCUAAGGCUUUCUUUUUCUUGUCUAAUGGUUAUCAAAAGCAGUUGUCCUUCAAAAACUAUGAUGGUUCAUAUAGUGUGUUUGGGCAGAGGAACCAAAAAGGAAGCAUAUGGCUCAGUGUCUUCACUUUUAAGACACUGGAGGCGAUGAAGAAAUACGUAUUCGUCGAUGAAGACGUGCAGAAACAGACCUUAACCUGGCUUUCCAGCCAACAGAAAGUAAAUGGCUGUUUUGGGAGUGAUGGCAAGCUUUUCAACAAUGCCUGGGAGGGCGGAGACGAAGACAUCUUACUCACUGCAUAUGCUGUUGGAGCAUUCCUGGAAGCUGGACUCACUGUCGCUUUUCCUGCUUUACGAAAUGGACUCUACUGCCUAGAGGACGCAUUGCAAAAUGGUCUCACUAACGGCUAUAUUCGUGCAAUGGCUGCUUAUGCUUUUGCAUUAGCUGGAAAAGAGGAACAACUGGAGUCCUUACUCCAGAUUCUGGAUCGAUCAGCUACAAAAACAAAUAAUGUAAUCUACUGGGAAAGAGAAAAGAAACCCAGGACAGAAGAAUUCCCACCCUUCACGCCCCAGGCGCCCUCUGCUGAGACAGAGAAGACUUGCUAUGUGCUGCUGGCUGUCGUUUCCGGGAAAGUCCGAGACCUCACCUAUGCCAGUCAGAUUGUACAGUGGCUCGCCCAGCAGAUGAAUUCCCACGGAGGCUUCUCUUCCACCCAGGACACUGCCGUCUGUCUUCUUGCCAUAACCCGCUACUUGAAGUUAACCUACUCUAACGGUCGAAACACUGUCACCAUUCGCAGCAAAGAAUCCAGUGAGAUUUUCCAGGUGAACAGUAAUAACCGCUUGCUGGUCCAGCGCUCAGAACUAACAAAAGUGAAUGGACACUACACAGUAGACGUGGAAGGACAAGGUUGUGUAUUUGCCCAGGCCACCCUUAGGUAUAAUAUGCUACUGCCCAAGAAGGCAUCUGGAUUUUUCCUUUUCUUGGAACUAGUAAAGAACAAUUCCUCGGAUGUAUUCCAGACUAACUUUGAUCUUACAGUGACUCUCAAGUAUACUGGAAUUCGCAAUAACUCCAAUAUGGUCCUUGUUGAUGUAAAAAUGCUAUCAGGCUUUUCUCCAGUGAUGUCAUCCAUUGAGGAGCUUGAAAGCAGUGGCCAAGUGAUGAAGACUGAAAUCAAGAAUAACCAUGUUCUUUUCUACUUGGAAAAUGCUUUUGAUGUACCAAAGAGCUUCACUUUUUCUAUUGAGCAAAGUAACCUUGUAUCCAAUAUUCAACCAGCCCCAGUCUUAGUCUACGAUUAUUAUGAAAAAGAUGAAUAUGCCCUAGUUUUUUACAACAUCAAUGGUGUUUCAGUUGCCCAGUGAGGUAAAACAAAGCACAGGAAAAGGUGGGAAACUAUUUCUUUGAACAAAUUCAAACUCUAUAUCAAACCUGGGAGAGAACCAUGAACCACCUCACAUCCUGAAGUCUUCAAUCUAUAAAUUUUUGCCAGAUUUUCUUUCUUUAUU